AUGGAUUCCGGUGCUGGCGUCGAUGCUGUCAGCCCCUUCAACCCAGGCCAGCUCUACAAGGGUUUGCCGUCGGUUACCAUUGACAUUGAUGGCGAGCCCAUCGUUGUAAAGAUUGAUUCUGUGUAUGGCCCGCAGCCCACAAAGGUUGGAGGUGUGACGCCAGGGCCCAAUGACUAUUUCCAGUUGCCUAUGAAUGCCAAUGAGCACGCGCCCAACGGCCUCCACAAGAAGUGGUGUGACUUCACCAUCACAGAGCAAAAGAUGGCGGUAUACCAAGUGGCCCGGAUGAACAAAAUGCGCCAAGAACAUGCAGAUGCUUGGAUGGAUCGCGUCGCCGAUUAUGUUCGGCUCCAGACACUACAGAAGGAGACUGACGCCCUUCCGCCCUCCCAAAG